AGAAAAAGGAUAGAGAGAGAGAGAGAGAGGGAGGGAGGGAGAGAGAGAUAAACUAGUGUUGAUCCCAGACUCUGCAGUCCCCAGCCUUCCCUGUGCUGCUGCUACAGUACGUGUGAGAGGCAGAGCUGCUUUCGGAGAGUCGGAGGAAAGACGAGAGCACUGUGAAGGUGUGCAGUGCCCAUCCACUCGACCGCUCUGCAUCCAGUCUGCCGCCUGCUGCACAUCCGUGCCUGCUGGUGUCUCCAGCAGCCUCACAGCAGCAACACCACACAGGUAAUCCUGUGUCCACUGAAGGGGUCUGCAUUGAGAAGCAUGUUGUGACAGCCAUGUCUUUGGAGAUGGAGAAGACCAUCACCAAACUGAUGUAUGACUUCCAGAGAAACUCCACCUCUGAUGAUGAUUCUGGAUGUGCACUGGAGGAAUAUGCCUGGGUUCCACCUGCCCUCAGUCCUGAACAGGUGCAUCAGUAUUAUAACUCCUUCCCAGAAGAGAAGGUCCCCUACAUAAACAGCCCUGGGGAGAAAUACCGCAUCAAACAACUGCUCCAUCAGUUGCCGCCACAUGACAAUGAGGUGCGUUACUGCAACGCUCUUGAUGAAGAGGAAAAACGAGAGCUUAAGCUCUUCAGCAGCCAACGACAGAAGGAGAACUUGGGUAGAGGAAAUGUUCGCCCUUUCCCCCUCACUGUUAAUGGAACCAUCUGUGAUAAGUGUGGCCAACAUAUCAAAGGAGGGACAUUGUGGUUUUUUGCUGCAAGGGCGGGUCACGGAAAAUGCUGGCACCCUCACUGCUUUGUCUGCAGCAUGUGUGAAGAACUUUUGGUGGAUCUUAUCUACUUCUACCAAGAUGGCAAGAUCUAUUGCGGCAGGCACCAUGCUGAACGACUGAAGCCUCGCUGCUGUGCCUGUGAUGAGAUUAUCUUUGCUGAUGAAUGCACUGAGGCCGAGGGAAGACACUGGCACAUGAAACAUUUCUGCUGCUAUGAAUGUGAGACCACCCUCGGCGGCCAACGCUACAUCAUGAAGGAUGGACGACCUCAUUGCUGUAACUGCUUCGAGUCACUUUAUGCAGAAUAUUGCGAUGCCUGCGGAGAACACAUAGGCAUUGACCAAGGCCAGAUGACAUACGAUGGGCAGCAUUGGCAUGCUACUGAAGAGUGUUUUUGCUGUGCCCAUUGUAAACGGUCACUACUAAGCCGUCCAUUCCUGCCAAAACAGGGGCAGAUCUUCUGCUCCCGGUCCUGUAGUGCCGGACAGGAUCCAGAUGAAUCCGACUCCUCAGACUCGGCCUUCCAGAGUGCUCGUUCCCGUGAGUCCCGCCACAGUGCCAAAAUUGGGAAAAAGGAGCGUCGGAAUGCUGAGCAGGAGCGACGGAGUGCUGAGGCCCGCCAACCAGCUCCUCCACCAAUGCCUGACCGUCUGUCAGCUGAAAUUGACCCACUGUCUGUUCAGAUGGACCGUUUAAGUGUGUCAUCUAGCCAGACUCCAAGCAAGACACCUAACCGCACACCCAACCGCACUCCAAGCCGUGCGCCGAGCCUUAACCAAGUGUGGAUGAGCCGAGAUGACCCUUAUGUCCCUGCUGCCUAUGAGGGCUCCAAACGGGAAGCUCCCCCCAGCCCGACACCCAUACAUUUGCUGGCUCAGUGUAACCCCAGGCAGGGCUAUAAUCCAAAUGCAAACCCACAUCCUCCAGCCCAGAGUCCUGCUAACCCAGGAAAAAGACCUGAUUCCUGGGGGAAGGAACAAGGAAAUGCCAAAAGGACCCCUAUGGCUGCUCUGAGAGGCCAUUCCUUUAAUGAAAACUGGAUCCAUCACAGUCAAGAUGAGUUCAGACCCAACAAACUACGCACCCAGAUGAGCUUCAAUGAAAUGUCUAACAAGAAUCAGGGCUGUUCCGAUAAGAGAAGCAUCAGCCUGCAUGGAUUCCAAAGAGAUGGCAGGCCCCCGCUGACUAGGAGGAACCCCAUAAAUGCAAUGAGUUUCAAUGAGCCACUCACCCCUUUAGAACAGACCCCUCGAGGAUCCAUGGAUUCCAUCAGCAUGUCCAAUGCUACAGGUCACUCUCUGGAUGGGGUCAGUAAGCGUCAGGAGAAUCUCUCCAGGUUCUCAAUGCCUGACCUGAGCAAGGACUCUGGUGUGAAUGUGUCUGAAAAAAGCAACAUGGGCACCCUGAGCUCUUCAGUCCAGUACCGCAGCACAGAGUCACUGAAUUGCUCCCGUCCUUAUGGCAACAUGUACGAUCCACUGAGAGUUGGCUACCCUCUGCAGUACUGGGAUACACCACAGCCACUGGCUUUUGAUGGCAAAGGUCAUGUAGGGGUAAUGGGCAGCAGUGGAAACCUGCGGAUGCCUCCCUUGAGUGACAGAAUGCCACGCAGACGUAUAAAUGGGCAAGAAUCUGUAUCCCAGCAACAACAGCCACAACCAAGACGUCGCAAACACCAUCGUGGUACUAAUGGUAAUGGCCAUCACCGUAGUGGUCGCCACCACAAGCGCUCUCGUCGGUCCCGCUCUGACAAUGCCCUGCACCUGGUGGCCGACCAGCCUGCUCACAUGCUGGAGCUUCCCUACCGCCGUGUCCAAGAGGAUUAUGAUCGUUUCCCCACUGGUCAUGCUGCUAGGGAGUUGUUUGGUCUGGAUCCAGGUGGAUACAGACAGCAGCCUCACCGGCCUUGUCCACGCACCACAUCCGAUCUCACCCUGCAGAAUGCUGGAUGGCAACCCGUGGGUCUGGGUGGGCCGUACUGGGGUGACAGCUAUGUGGAAGCUGCUGACCCCUGGUGCUCCAGCUGUUCAUCUUCCUCUGAGUCAGAGGAAGAUGAGACUUAUUUCCUGGGAGAACCAAUCCCACGGCCUGUGCAGCUGUGUUACAUUAAUAACGAGGAUCUGCGCCAUCGCUACAACCCCUCUGGUCGAGGUGGCCAUCACGGACCUCUUCAUGGAUCGAUUCAUAGCCAGCUGCAUGCUCGUCAGAGGAGGAAGAGCAAAAACUGCAUAAUUUCCUAGAUGUAGAACAAAGAGAUAUGGAGGGAUGAGCAGGAGAGCGAACAAGAUGAGAGAGAGAGAAUGAGGUAAGGAGAGAGUAAAAGCAGGAGAGGAAGACAAGAGGGAGAGUGGGAAGGCAAAAGUGAAAGAAUAUGACAUAAAAUGGAGUGAUUUGUGUGUGCAGUGGGGUUGAAGCAAGAAAAGGCCAUAUUUUUUCUGUGUAAGCUUACACAACUCAACACUGGGUAGUGUUUGUCCACACCUACACAGAAUGAUCUAAUCAUAAUAGGAAGCUCUGCUGGCUUACACAACAGAUGUGUUGCAGUGAUGGAGAUCAAACCCGGGGUUGAAGCAAGAAAGCGCUGAUGAAUUUGACUACUGAAUAUGACGCAGUGGGGUUAAAUUAAAAUGAAGUCUUUGCGUGUCUGUGUGUGUAUUUGUGCUCCAGAGAGUAUGAAGGACCUCUUUAGAGAUUGAAAAAUAAAAUGCAGCAUUGUGACUGGUCCCUGGGCAGUAACCCUAUUCUAUGUAGACAAAUGAGAACCUGUGUUGGGAUUAGUGGAAUCUAAAUGCUGCUGGGAUGUAGAGUGUUGGCUCCCUAACCCCGUUCUCACUCUGUACAAAUAGUCUGUUGAAUCUUGUGCUCUACAUAGCCAGCUCUCCAUGCUUUACCAAGGGCAGAGCGCCACACAGCCUCUGCACCUUGACCAUUCAGGCACAGUAAUGUCAGGUAUGGUCCCGUUUUCUCUUCUGCAACAUGCUUUUGUUUCUGAGAGUUACCUGUAGAUGAUAAACAAUAAUGAUGUUAACAAUAAUGCCAAUUAUAUUAAAGUAUAAUACCUAUUUAAUGUAUAUAUAGUAAUAAAUUUACAGUAAUGGAUGUAAUGUAAAUGUUAUGUACAUAUGGUCUUAAAUAUUUAUAUAUUUUGUAACUAAAAAAAAAAUAUCCUUAUUUGUAUAACAUGAUGUAGAAAUAGGGAGACUUGCAUGUCAAUUUGUUGUUGUUGUUGUCUCAUGCUGAAAAUAAAAGCGUACUUCAUUGAA